AUGGACCUCCAAAAAAUCAUCCACAGUGCGCUGCACGAGUUUAUCCAGAACUACAUUCCUGAUGCGGAUCUCAGCACACUGGAUGAUGUUCUUCUGUCUUAUAUCACCGGAGUUCUGGAGGAUCUGGGUUCCCAGCAAAGUGUUGAGGAGAAUUUUGAUGUGGAGGUCUUUGCAGAAAUGCUGGAAGCUUACAUUCCUGGGUUUGCUGAAAUUGACAGUGUCAAAGUUUGUGAAAUGAUGUUCAGUCUGGCUUCAAAACUAGCCACUGCUCGGACAUCAGAAAACAGUGUGCCGGAGGCAAGAAGAGAGGAGAUUUCAUCGAAACUCACCAACCUGCCCAGUCAACCGCCACCAGGAAAAGAGCCUCAGUGCCUUAAAACAGAGGGUGCCACUGCAAAGCUGUCAGAGUCUGAGUGGGAGUCCCAGGAACAGCACCUGCUGGAGAUGUUUCCAAAGUGCAGUUUGUCGGAGGCUCGCAGUGCUUUGUCUAUUGCCAAAGGAGACAUGGAGGAAGCUGUGCGCCUUAUCAUUGAGGGCGAUGUGCAGCUCAGUCCCACUCCUCUUAACGUAAAUCAUGGAAAAAGUAUUUCUUCACUGGCAGACCAGAAACUUAAAGAGGGCAUACUCGAGAAGUACAUGCUAGUGGACAGAGAGGAAGAUAAGAAAACGCAUCGACCUGUUGCCCCCAAAGACGCCCCAAAGAAGCUUGUUCGUUACCAUGGUAACCAGGUAGUAACCACAAAAGGAGAGCGAUAUCAGGUUGUGAAGACAAACGAGUCUGAGGACAUGAAGAAGACGUAUGUCAACCUGAAGCCGGCUCGAAAGUACAGGUUCCAUUGAUGGCGAGUGCAACACUGUAAGAGCAGCUAAAGACAUUAUUGUUUACAAUAUUUUUAUUUAUUGAGCUCAUUUAAUCUAAUUGUUGU